AUGUCAUGCGAACGAGUGGUGAGGUUCGACGGUUCGGAGUUGGACGACCUCAUCUGCGACCUGCUCUGCUGCGGGCAGCACGGCCUGACGAAGACGGUGCGUGAGAGUGCGUUGGUGAAGAUCUGCCACGGCGCGCUGGAGGUGUUCCGCGAACAGGAGAUGAUGGUGGAGCUGGACGGGCCGGUCAACGUUUGUGGCGACAUUCAUGGGCAAUAUGGGGACCUGUUGCGACUCUUCGACAAGUGCGGAUUCCCGCCGGACUCGAAUUAUUUGUUUCUAGGUGGGUUUAGGGAGGGGGUUUUGAGGCGAAAAAAUGGAUUUUUAAAAAGAAAAAUGAAAAAAAAAUCGAAAUAUUUUCAUAAAGUGCAUGGACAAAUCAAAAUGCACUUUUGCGCAGUGCAUUUUGAACAUUCUCCCAUACUUGUUGCCAGUGGAAAGAGAAGGGAGUGUGUACGCCCAUAGCCCGUUGAAAGCACGCCAUCCCGUCCGAUCUGGCAAGUUAAGCAACGGUGCGCUUGAUUAGUACUUGGAUCGGAGACGUCCUUGGAAUCUCAAGUGGCGUACGCAUUUUUGACUUUUUUGAUUUGAAUAGAGAAAUCAGAACCGUAUUUCAGAUGGUAUAUCAUGAAUUAAAAUACAUUUGAAUUGAUAUUUUUGUUCGACUUUUUAGUCAAACUUCCCAAAAUUUUCAUGUUCAGCCACACUUUCAGGAGCUGGAAUCUCAAGCUAACCUUUAACUUGGGAAAUUAAUCCGAAGAUAGAAUGAAAGAGCCAGCUUACCUCUGAUCCACCCUUUCCUUUUUGGCUGGGGAAUUUACGCUUUUUCUGUGUGGUCUCUCCAAAAGCAUACUCUCUAAUUUUUCUGUAUUAAUGACGUCACUAUUGACUGAAAUUUUCAAGAAAAUCUCGAAAAAAUAGCCACGGCCGUGGACUGGGUGGAAUUGCAGGGAAAAGAAUCAAAAGUGGAAAGGGAAGAGAGUGUGUACGCCCAUAGCCCGUUGAAAGCACGCCAUCCCGUCCGAUCUGGCAAGUUAAGCAACGGUGCGCUUGAUUAGUACUUGGAUCGGAGACGUCCUUGGAAUCUCAAGUGGCGUACGCAUUUUUGACUUUUUUGAUUUGAAUAAAGAAAUCAGAACCGUAUUUUAGGUGGUACAUCAUGAAUUAAAAUACAUUUGAAUUGAUAUUUGUUCGACUUUUUUGUCAAACUUUCCAAAAUUUUCUUUUUCAGCCACACUUUUCAGGAGCUGGAAUCUCAAGCUAACCUUUAACUUGGGAAAUUAAUCCGAAGAUAGAAUGAAAGAGCCAGCUUACCUCUGAUCUACCCUUUCCUUUUUGGCUGGGGAAUUUAGGCUAUUUCUGUGUGGUCUCUCAAAAAACAUGAUCCCUAAUUUUUCUGUAUUAGUGACGUCAUUAUUGACUGAAAUUUUCAAGAAAGUCUCAAAAAAGUAGCCUCGGCCGUUUUUUGAUCUGCACGCAAUCGUAUUUUACCAGGCAAUCGAAUAAAUUUUAGCUUGAUUACAAGGAACAUUACUGAGUAAAAAGACAUUUUUGGCUUUUUUGGUUUGAUUAAACAACACAGAUUCGUAUUUUUCACGGAAUUUCAGAAAGAAACUGACUCAAAAACAAGGUUUUUGAAUGAAUUUUUCAAUUUGAAAUCAUAUUUUUUCGACUUUCCAGUCAAACUUUUCCAAAAAAUAUGCCAAAAAAUGAAUAUUUAUGCAAAUUUCAUCAAAAAUUUUUAGGCGACUAUGUCGACAGAGGCCCGAACAGCAUCGAGACGGUCUCGCUUCUGUUCUGCUACAAGCUCAAGUACCCGUACAAUGUGUUUUUGUUGCGCGGCAACCACGAAACCAGGGCCGUCAACCAGAUGUACGGCUUCAACGAGGAGUGCCAACGCCGCUACUCGGCGCGGCUGUACGCCGCCUUCAGCGACACCUUCAGCUAUAUGCCGCUGACGGCGCUGAUUGGCGACCGCAUUCUGUGCAUGCACGGCGGGAUCGCGCCGAACGCGCGGACCCUGGACCAGAUGCGGAACAUCAAGCGGCCGUUGGAGCCGGCCGGUCAGACCAUCGAGAUGGACCUGUUGUGGUCCGACCCGCUGCCCGGAAUCAAGGGAUUCAUACCGAAUAAGCGAGGAGCGAGCGUCUGCUUCGGAGAGGACGCGUUGAAUGAGAAAUUACAACUGAUGGAUGUGGACAUGGUGGUGAGAGGACAUCAGGUGGUCCAGGAUGGGUAAGUUGGAAAAAAAAAUAAUUUUCUGGGAUGGAGAAACGAUAGGGGUAUGAGAAUAUAGCCUAGACUAAAUAUCAGUCUGUCGGGAAAAUAAUGAGCUCAAUGUCGCAUCGCCCAUCGUGUCGCUGAAGUGAAAAGCAAUUUGAUUUUCUCCGCGACACAAUUCAUUUCCUCCGCGGUUUUUGUUCGGCAGAAGGCUCAUUAUUUUCCCGACAGACUGAUAUUUUCGAGACCAAAAAUUACAGUCUAUCUCCGUCAUAAAUCAAUUUUUGAAAAUUUUAGCUCGAGCUUUGCAGAUUGAGCCGAAGCACUCAACGGUCUUUGCAGGCAAGACAUUAUGGAAAAUGAAGAAAGAAGGUCAGAAAAAAAUUGGUUUUCUCUGGGCUUCCUUCCUCAAAUUCCAUAGUCUGUUGUCGCAAAGAUCGUUGAAUACUUCGGCUCAAUCUGCAAAACGCGAGCUAAAAUUUUCAAGAAUUGCUUUGCGGUAUAGGCAGAGCAUGUUUGCGGAAUUCAAAGGGCAUACGAUCGUCGCAACUAAACAAUAUCUCAUAGGUGGCAUGCUAGUCUGUUCGCAAAGUCGCUGGAGUGAUGUUGGCGACAUGCACUGCCAUAAAAAACAAUUUGCACUGUGCAAUAUGCUUUUUUGGACUGUCUCUCGCACGCUGACUUUUUUCGCACAUUGCAAACACCAAAAAAUCACUCCAGCGACUUUGCGAACGGACUAUAGUGGCCGACCUUGUCCAGUAGCAAAAAACGUACCAUUUUGCAUCCGGGAAGUAUCAAAAAAUGUAGCAAAAUACCUCCCUCUCCAAGUGAAAAUACUCCGAUUUCAAAAGCGCGCCCGCUCUUUCUGUGAGGGACGCUUCAAAACGGAGUUUUUUUUUAGUUGAAGAGGGAGGUAUUUUGCUACAUUUUUGAUACUUCCUGGAUGCAAAAUGAUAGGCUUUUUGCCAUUGAAUCAAGUCCGUCACUGUAGUAUACAUUUCAGCUUCGAAUUCUUCGCGAACCGCAAAUUGGUUACCGUUUUUUCGGCGCCCCACUACUGCGGACAGUUCAACAACGCCGGCGCGGUUAUGAAAGUCACCGAAGACUUGCAAUGCUCGUUCGUGCUGCUGAAGCCCUACAUGAUGGAUGGAGAACGGGAGGACAAAGAGAUCGACACGGUUGUGCCGGAGAGAGAACGUGUGGGUGAUGGAAAAGAGCCAGACACGGGUAUAAUAAUCGCGAGAGUGAUCGUGCCAAAGAAGGACGAGAAGGAGGUCAAGGAAACGAAGCCGGAGCAAAAGAGUCCCAAAGUCGUGAAACCGCUUGGCUGUCAGGUAGGAAAUGAUCAAAUCGAGGCAAAACUGGGUUGAUUUCAUCAAAGAAGUAGUAGAGAAUGCAGAAAAACAUAAAAGAAGACCAAUGCGGAUCAAAAUUUAUAUUGUACUAGGUAAAAAAAUUAUAUUAUACUAGGUAAAAUUUGAUGCCGAUGGGCCUGAAAACCUCUCUAAAAUGAUCUAUAAUCCUCUAUAAAUCCCUAUUCAACACUGUUCACGUUGUUGAAUGCCUAAAACAGUCAACAUUUUCAAAAAUUUUUUGAACGGUAGCUCAUGGAUAAUAUCGGUUAAGAAAGACGAUUUUUGAUCAAAAAACGUGAGAUUUUUCUGCCUAGAAUCAUAGAUCGUCUCAUAAUCUUUACGAUUAGGACGACUUUGACCAAAAUUUUUUUCAGAAUCGCCUUUCCAAGGAAGAAAGACGCUCGGUCAAAGAGAAGGAGAGGAAGAAGAUUGCCAAGAGGAAGUCGUCCGAGAUUGUAGAGAAGAGGAUUGUGAAAGAGAAGCCUUGGGAAGUCGCGGAGAGGAAGAUGCUGAAGGAAAAGAAGAAAGUUGCACAUCAGCCAAGUAGGUUUCCCCCAAAUUUUUCCGGAUUGGACGAAGUGUCAAAUUUUGUGGCAUUUUGUUAACAUGAUAUUGGAAAGGGUGGAAACGGUACUGCGAGGCUUCGCGAAGCGAGAAUAGUGAUUUUAGAGUGAUUUUUAGAUUUUAGUAACCGGCUGACGCGUUUGCGAGCCGCAAGAAUUUUGCGCCGCUCGUUUUUUUUGUUCGGAGGGAUUUUGCGCCGCUCGAAAAAAGGUCCGCAGAAUUUGACACCGCUCUAAAAUCGCGAAAAAAAGACGCGAAACGCGCGAAUAAAGCGAAAGACGUAACUGAUAAAUCAAAUUUCGGUUUAGGUUGGCUAAAGGUUUUUUACGAUUUCUUCUUUAUGCCAAAACUGUUUCGAGAUUGACAAACAAUAACUGAUAUAUCCAUGGUUAGUAACCGUCACAUAGCCCUUACAAUACCAAGAAAAAGACGCGAAACAAAGGCGCGAUAAAGUUUAUACGUUGGCUAAAAAGUUUUUUAAAAUUUUUCUCGGUACCAACUCGGUCUUUUUGGGACAGCUUAGCAAGGACAGCAAUAUGUAACUUGCAGUAGAGCUUGAGUACUGUUAAGUAGAGAGGCAACCAGGUCACAGCCUUUUCUAAGGUCUUAUAACGGCAUGUUGAAAAGGUCAUAUUUUGAGGUGGCAUCUUAUACAGCUCUUAAAGAGGUCUGAAACCCGUCGAUUCUAUAGCCCAACUAAAUAGUGCAUACUUUGGCCAGCAGCCGGCAGCGGGAAAAACGAAAACCGCCAUUUGGGAUACCGGGACGACGCGUCAAGCCAUGUGACACAAAGAUGUUAGUAAACAGUUGCCAAACAUUUCGAAUAUGAUCCACUUCCCCGACAGUUUCACAGCUUUAGCAUUGACGAGUGUAACAGACAUCAGUCCCAUAAUCUGGCGCACUGUCUUCAGGGCAGAAACUUUCAUAUAUUUGAACAUCCAAAAAAUCUUUUAAGCCUAACUCCUUUGAUAAGCCUGCUGAAGUCAUCGUUCAGAAUUGGUAUUGUAAGGGCUAUGUGACGGUUACUAAUCAUGGAUAUAUCAGUUAUUGUUUGUCAAUCUCGAAACAGUUUUGGCAUAAAGAAGAAAUCGUAAAAAAUUUAAGAAACUUUAGCCAACCUAAACCGAAAUUUGAUUUAUCAGUUACGUCUUUCGCUUUAUUCGCGCGUUUCGCGUCUUUUUUUCGCGAUUUUAGAGCGGCGUCAAAUUCUGCGGACCUUUUUUCGAGCGGCGCAAAAUCCCUCCGAACAAAAAAAACGAGCGGCGCAAAAUUCUUGCGGCUCGCAAACGCGUCAGCCUUAGUAACCUUUUAAAAAAUUGACAUUUAGUCCACAUAGUAUUGAUUUUUUGAAAAACCUCGAAAUUUGACGAUCUACUUUUUAGAUCAUCCAGCGAUACCUCAAUUUGCUGAAAAGCCCGAAAAGGAGAGGACGUUUAGAGAAUUAAAGAAGGCAUCUAUUCGGUUGCAUCCCCUAGCGAAUCCUCCGGCUCCAGCACCUACUCCAAUACCAAGUCCACCUCCAGCAGCAACCGCUCCAGCUCAUCCUCCAUCAACUCGCCUGCCGCCACCUCAGUUUGAGCCUAUUGACAUCAUCAUUGAGCCGCAGAUCAAGCUGGAGAAAUAUAAAAGCAAGCCGAAAGUUGCGGAGAAAAAGUUGGACAUCGACGAUGAAUUUAAUGAAAUGGAUAAACCUGAUUUUGAUGUGGAUGAAUACACGUCGCGGACUCAAAUGGAGGAGGAAGAGGAAGAGGCCGAGGAAAAUAAAAAGCAGGAGGACAAAAAUGGAUAA